UGAUGGUUUUUGUAAGACCAGCUAGACAUGCUGAUCUCACUGCUCUAGCCAAGGAGCUACGUUCAGUGGAAGAUGUGCGACCUCAUCAUAAGGUGACAGAUUACUCCUCAUCGAGUGAAGAUUUAGAUUCAGAUGUAGAUGAUGAUGUGGUGGAGCAGGAGCAGGGUGAUAAAUCCACUUCAGGAGCAGAGAACUCAAGGACAUGCUCAUCAAAGCUGAGUAAUGGUGAAACAGAGUCAGUGAAAACCAGGCUUGUUCAUGAUGAAUCAGAGAGUGAUCCAGCCACCACACCUAGCAAUGAUGUAACUUUAAUCGUUAGACAGAGUAUAGCUGAGAGAAAGCAGUUGCUUCCCAUUCCCGGGCCCAGUCUGGGUCCAGGUUUGAGCCCUUCACACAAUCUAAGCCACCAGGAGAGAAACUGCUAUGCAGGUCGCAUUCACCUGCUGCCUGAUCUCAUCCAACAGAGCCAUCACUCCCCUUCAUCCUCCCCCUCAUCCAGUCACGCCAGCCCAUCAAUGUCCCCCCAGAUUCCCAUGGACAUGCUGAUAGUCAAUGAGACACAAUCUUCCAGCAACACACUGCAAAAACACAAGUCGUCUUCCUCUUUUACCCCAUUUAUUGACCCACGUCUUCUACAGAUUUCUCCUUCCAGUGGCAGUUCCCUCAACAACAUGGGCUUUAGUAAUGAUGGACGUCUGCAGGACCCAUCCCGUAAGGGCUCUGUGGUGAAUGUAAACCCAAUAAACACUCGUCCACAGAGUGACACACCUGAAAUCCGCAAAUACAAAAAGAGGUUUAAUUCUGAGAUUCUCUGUGCUGCACUCUGGGGAGUAAAUCUGUUGGUAGGAACUGAAAGUGGCCUCAUGCUUCUUGAUCGUAGUGGGCAGGGGAAAGUUUAUCCACUUAUUAACAGACGCCGUUUUCAACAAAUGGAUGUUCUUGAAGGCCUUAAUAUUCUUGUGACAAUAUCAGGAAAGAAGAACAAACUGCGAGUUUAUUAUCUCUCAUGGCUGAGGAACAAGAUUCUGCAUAAUGACCCUGAGGUGGAAAAGAAACAGGGUUGGACGACAGUGGGGGAGCUGGAGGGAUGUGUGCACUACAAAGUUGUUAAAUAUGAAAGAAUCAAGUUCUUGGUUAUUGCCUUGAAAAAUGUAGUGGAAGUGUAUGCUUGGGCACCAAAGCCGUACCACAAGUUUAUGGCUUUUAAGUCAUUUGGAGACCUAGUCCACAAGCCUCACUUAGUUGAUCUCACUGUGGAAGAGGGUCAAAGAUUAAAGGUCAUCUAUGGCUCCUGCUCUGGUUUUCAUGCUGUAGAUGUGGAUUCAGGGGCAGUUUAUGACAUCUACCUUCCCACACAUAUUCAAACGAGUAUCCAGACCCAUGCCAUCAUCAUCCUCCCAAACACAGAAGGCAUUGAGCUGUUGGUGUGCUAUGAGGAUGAAGGUGUGUAUGUAAACACUUAUGGAAGGAUCACCAAAGACGUGGUGCUGCAGUGGGGUGAGAUGCCCACCUCUGUGGCUUACAUCAGAUCGAACCAGAUCAUGGGCUGGGGGGAGAAAGCUAUUGAGAUCCGUUCUUUGGAGACUGGUCACCUGGAUGGUGUGUUCAUGCACAAGAGGGCACAACAGUUGAAGUUUCUAUGUGAAAGAAAUGACAAGGUGUUCUUCGCCUCUGUGCACUCUGGAGGGGUGAGCCAAGUUUAUUUCAUGACUCUCGGACGGAGCAACCUACUUAACUGGUGAUGAGGAUGCUUUCCUCUAAUGAAACUACCAACAAUUCUAUUCAAAUGUCUUGUGCUGUCCUAAACACUACACUGUUGUGGGAAAAACUCUGAGAGAAUCUUAUGUAAACAUAAAAGACAUUCUGAAAGGGAGUAGGAGCUUUAAGUGGAAGAGUGUUAUGCCAUUUGUUAUGUCCACAGCUCUGUUAUCUGUGAUCUGCUGUAUCUCUCAUGUUAUUUUGUUUUUAUUUUCCUUUUUUUUUUUUUUUUUUUUUUUUUUUUAUCUUACACCUUAUGAACAUUUAUUAUUAUUCAGGGCUUUGUUUGCUCAACCGAGGAAUUGAAGGGCUGAGAAUUAAUACUCUAGUGUAUGUUAGUGUGUUUUCAUGGACUGGCCAUCUGUAAUAUCUCUCUGUUUUCAUUUGUUUUUCUUUCUGGGAAACUGUCAAUUCCACAAAGACCUGGGUCACACAGUAUCAUUGUACUAGUGCUGGUUAAUAUAGUGAUGCAGUUUCUUUUCUCUUUUUUUUUAUAAUAUUAACUACACAUUUCAUAAGUGUCCUUGUUAUUUUUUAGCUAUUGCACUUGUUAAAUAUAUUUCCAUUAAGUAUAUUCCCAUUGAUUUGCAAAAUUGAUGGUUUGAGUGAACUUGUAUUGUUACACUGUUAACCACUCCCUGAGCGAAGACUAAUUUUAUAUGUUGUCCACUGACUUAAGAAUCAUAACAGUUGAUACCAGAGGAGCUGCUGGACAAACAGGAUUUGGAACUUUGUCACUCUGUCAAAGCUAUAACUGCUCUCAGCUGGUCAAUCUCCAGCCAUCUGGUCACAUUUUAUCUUGUCUUUGUGUACCAUAUUGGUUUGUUUGUUAAAAUAAAGUAAGGUAUUGCA